AUGUCCCAAAUCUCAAACCAAGAAGUGGCUUUAGCUCUUAGCAAGCUUAGCUCCCUGCUCGUUAAAGAAGGUGUAGUACGUCACAAACAUGAAGAAGAAGCCUUAAUGGUAGCUAUGGAAAGUGUUGCUCACAAGUUAGCCAUAACUGAGUCUCCAAAAUCCCAGCCUUUAGCUUCAACACAAUCCAAAGCAAUUUCUUCCAAAGAAUUUGUACAAAAUACAUUUUCAAGGAUGAAUGCAAAAUAUACACAAUCACAAAAUAAACUAGAAGAGCAAAGACACACAAAAUAUAUCGAAGAAAUUUCAUGUCUCCAAGAUAGGCCCAAUAUAAAUCCCUUAUCAAAGAAACUUGUAUGAUCUAUUUAGUACUAUUCUAGAAGUCCACCGAUAUAUGAUCGGGUUGAAGAUGUGAUUUCACAGAAAAAAGAAUACAUGCAACAGCUGCAAGAAGACGCAGGUAAAAAGAAAAAAGCAAUUGAAGAUAGAGAAUGCACUUUUCAGCCUGAGAAAAAGCAUCGGUCCCGAAGGUCUUCAAGAGAAUUUACAGAGCAAUGCUAUUCAUGAAAUAAAAGGCGUGAAGAAGAAUUAGAAAAAGAGCACAAACUAGCUGAAGAUUUAAAAGUUGCCGAAGUAAAACAAAAACCGACAUUAAAUCCGAAAUCCCAAAAACUAGCAGAACAAAGGGCAAAAACGCCAAUUCUGGAAAGGCUACAGGAAAGAGGAAGAACUGAGAAGCCCCCACAACCUACAUUUAGGCCAGCCAUUAAUGAGAGAUCAGCUGGUUUAAAAUUAGGAAAUGUCACUGAAAGACUUUAUGGGUCUCGCCACUCUUCUGUGACUGAUGAAUCCCCUAGACGGAACUCAGGAUCUCCUAAAAAAAGUAUUGAAAAAGUUUCAUUCAGUUUAGGAAAUUCGUAUAAAAUCAACGUCAACAAAGGUGCAUCCACUGAUAGAGAAGUCAAUGAAAUCAGAUAUACUGCAGGGCUUGAAUUUUUGAUGAGGACUAUUAGAUAG